AUGGCGCUCGAACUAACAGGGAAACUGUAUAGUUUAAUUACUUCGGAAAAUCAGCAAGAUGUUAGACUUCUUGUAUAUCCUGAUCAGCCUGACUAUCCUCCUAUUACCGUUAUUCCAAGUGAUUAUUAUGUUGAAAUUAUAUGCUUCAAGAGUACAUACCGUCAAAUUUUUGAGGAAUGCCACCAAGAGUUCACUAAGUAUCUUGAUGAAGGUUUGGAUUCGGUAAUAGAUCCAUACUUAAUUACAAUAGGACUGCUGUUCACCUCAUUUGAAAACCGUUCAAUAUUGAACUUGCACGAAUCGUUGUUCUCCAACGCUUUAAAUUCGGAGAAUCCUUGUCAAAAGUUACAACGGGAAAUCAAGAUUAUAGAGACAAUACUUAGCUGUAAUAUCAACAGCUUAAAUAAGUCAUCCUCCUUGUGGCUAUGGUACCGGAAGCUUAUAGUGUUGAAAAGGGAACGCUUCCGUGAUGCUUCACUACGGGUUGUUGAAGUUUGCACAAGGUCCGCCGCUUUGCAUAGUGCAAAUUACUAUUGCUGGAACUUUUUGCGUUGGUACUAUGACAUUUCAUUAACUGAUCUGGAGGAGAGAAAGUCAUUGAGAAGUAGUAUUAGUGGGUUUGCCUUUUCCCACUUGACGGAUGCAUCAGCGUGGGAUGCCCUUGCCCAUGUAUACAGUUUUUCGGGGGACUAUAACAGAUCUGACUAUGAAAGACUAGUCAGGCGUUUCAAUAUGACCACUGUUAUAGAUUGGGGCAGCGAAAAAGGAGCUUGCGAUUUAGAAGAUGAAUUGACCAGUCUCAUAUAUAAACUAAUAGAUUUCAUCGAUAUGUUUGAAGUAUGUGAGUGGGCGCCAUUUCGUUGUCUGCAUAUUUUGGUCAGUCUACAGCCAAUAGAAAAAUUAAAACCAGGAAUCUUUUCUCAUUGGAUUGAAAAGGUAAGCCAGCCUAAAGAUAUCAAACUCCUUCGUGGAAACCCUGUACUGCUGGAGGGAUAUGAUGAUACUGAUAUUCUGAGGACAACCAAGUACAAAAAUUUAGCACUAAAGUAUAGACUUCUGGAUAAAAUAUUUGAUUUAAAUAAUUAA